AUACACCAGUUUCAAACAUAAGAAAUGGGAGUGGGAAAACGCGAAAAAUCCUUCAGAAUGUUCAUAAAAACAAAGUUACCAACUUCAAAAAUUGUGCAUCUUACAUCAAUCAAUAUAAGGCGAUAAUGCAAGAUUGAGCAGGAAAGCUAAGAGUGCGCACAGUGCUCAUAAAAUUUCGAACUGUGGAACCUCCACAUAUGUGAAAAUUCAGUGUGUUCACAAGUGAAUCUUUUCAGUAUAGGCCUAUCUUUAAAACCUUUCUUUAUAUUUUUUUUUAAAUACUGUCAAUAAAGAGACACUGCUCUGAAACAGGAAAUGGUAUUUCGGAUGAGGCAUCGUAGACCUAUAGUCAGAUAGUAUAAUAAGCUUUUUAACCAACUUCUUUGUAAAUGACAUUCAUGUACAAGGAACAAGAAAACAACGAUAUAUCAUUAUAGCAGACGACAUCAUGAAAGUACAUGUAAUUAAUUCGCAGCGCACACCAAGUAACUUCAAAGUCGGGCGCCCGCUACUGUCUAUAUCUCAGUAAAAGCUGGAUGACUAAAAACACCUAAAUUUUCUUUGACAUUAAUCGAACCCGGUUUUAACAAGCCAUUUUCAACAUAAAAUCAUUUCCAUUCAACGAUGGAACUUAUUGUUACUCUCCAGAACAGGUUGAUAACUACAUAUAUACCAAAUUUUGAAAAAGGAAAAAAAUUGUUUGGAGGUCGACAACCGCAUAUGGUAAUCACAUUUGUGACAUAAUUGACAAAACAUGAUGGUACUUAACGUUGCCAUACAUUCAUCAUGAGAAAAAAACUUAAAACAAAAGGGAGGAAUCAGAUUUAAAAAAAAAUUGUUUCAUCCAUUUUCCCCAGGACUGAGAUUGAGAGAGAGGGGGAAGAGAGAUAUCUGAGGAAAAUAUCACCAUGGAUCCAUAUUACAAUCAUGAACAUAAUUUUGGGGUCAAAUUGGAUACACGCGCAGCUAACGCAGAUACCUCCAGCGGAAUGGGUAAAUGGUUUUUGACAGGGACGUGUGGGCUCAUCUUGGGCUCAUUAACCUCCAGCCAAACACACACAUCUCACCUUCUAUUCUCCUGCCACAAUUCAAUGUUUUUUGCAUUCAAUUUUUAUCGGUGAAAUUUUAUCUGUUUGCGAAUAGUUUCUAUAGAUUCGACAUUAUCAACGAUAUAGAAAGGGAAUAUAUUUCCAAUCACCCCAUAAUAAAUUCAAUCAACUUGCGUAAAGAUCCCUAAUUUUCUUCCAUUACUUUCGAUAUUAGAGAAAUGGAACGCCAAAUUUUCGAAUCUAACAUACGUUUAAUUGUUCUCCUUUAAAUGACCACUUACUCACUUGUAGUAGUCAUACAUUCAAUUAUGAAAUUUUGUUUUUAUCACGUUGCGGAAAUAUUUACUUUUAAUAAUGUUUAUAUCUACCUUUAUUCUGUCUUUCAUGGCUUCAUUAAACAACUUGUAAACUACAUAUAAUUUAUGCAAUGGAUUUUUUCAUCAUCAUUUCCCCUAUUUAAUUUUUUUAUUUUAAGAAAACAAUCUCACGUGCACAAUUUUUUAGAGUUCUGAACUUAGCCCCCCUUAAAAAAAAUCGCAUAUUACUUAUAGUGCAACUGAAAUACAUCCCCCUCCAGUUAUUUCAUAGUUACAUUAGACACAAACAUCUGAAAAGAUCCGACAUUUUGUACACAUUUUCGUCUUCGACAAAGUGAAUUUCGAUUUCUGUAGAAAAUUAGUAAAAGGGAAAAUGUAUGGUAUGGUAGUGGAUAGAGCAAGAUGCGAAGUUCAUUGAUAUCGGUGAACGUUUUGGUAUAAAUUGGUGUAUUUUUGGAUUGAUGUCACAAUCCCGCUGAUUGUGCGACAUAGCCUGCAGCGAGUCGGCCAAUUUUUCCUCGUGUUUGGAGAGAGUUUGUUGGACCUCUCCAAAAACAUUAAGUCUCAACAGAAAAGUGUCUUUUUCCUGCAGAGUGUGGCUAUUCACCGCCAAACUAGGGGGUUUGAGAGCGAUAUCAAUCCCAAAUGAAGGCGUGGCUAAAGCUAAAAUGAGCGAGAUGAGAAAUGACGGCUUGCGAAGUAUCGACGCAUUCCAUUGGCUAUCGUCAUGUUUACGGCUGCAAUAUGCAUCGUCUUCGCUACCACUAAUGAGGGCAUUCGUUACAUGCGGGCUCGGUGCGGCAGUCUGAUCAACGCCAGAAAGUGAGUUCCCCGUGCGGUUUCAGCAUAGAUGUCAGCCAGUGAACACGACUCAUCAAAAAGCUUUCGAACCUUUACAAACAAACAUUACGAGUAGAGUAUCAUGCCCGAACAGGACACACUUCCCCUGCAACCAAUACUUACUACUUCUACUCUCUUGUAACUUAUUUCAAGUGUAAUCUUGUAAAGUGGAGGACUAUUAUUGUCGAUUUGAAAAGGACUUAGACUUUCUUUCUUUACUGCAGACCACGGUGUGGUAAACUACGGCUCUUUCAUGCAUGCAUCGUGUGCUGAACUCCCUGAUUUCACCCAGUCGACAGCCCGACGCUAUCUAUCGGCAGUACCACCAACCAGCAUAGACGGGAACUGGGGCGGGGCGGCCGUCGGUUCUACACCCGGCGGAGCCUCUCUAGGACACGCUGCAGCCAUGAUUUCGGCACAGUCUAAACUCCUCUACCAGCUGAAUCGUUAUGUUGGAGAAAGGGUGGCAAUCCGACGAGCAAACAGCAAUAAGACGGUGAGAGAAGUCUGUAAAAUUGUCACUGAUGUUCUGAAGGAAGUUGAGGUCCAGGAGCCGAGAUUUAUUAGCUCACUGGUUGAAAAUGAAACAGGACGGUUUGACGGAUUGGAAGUCAUCUCGCCUUCCGAGUUCGAAGUGGUGCUAUUCCUCAACCAGAUGGGUGUAUUCAACUUUGUCGAUGACGGUUCCGUCCCAGGAUGUGCCGUAUUGAAGCUAAGUGAUGGACGAAAAAGAUCCAUGUCACUUUGGGUCGAGUUUAUCACUGCAUCGGGCUAUCUUUCUGCGAGGAAAAUUCGAUCACGGUUUCAAACACUGGUAGCUCAGGCAGUGGAUAAAUGUAAAUACAGGGACAUCGUGAAAAUGAUUCCGGACACUUCAGAAGUCAAGUUGCGAAUCCGUGAACGAUUUGUGGUCUUGAUUACCCCCGCGUUUAAAUGCAGCGGUAUCUGGCCCCGUAGCGCAGCACAUUGGCCCUUGCCCCACAUCCCCUGGCCUAGCCCCGCACUGGUCGCUGAGGUGAAAACCGAAGGCUUCAACCUGCUGUCAAAAGAGAGCCCCGCCCAAGCUGGUAAGCAAACAUCAGCAGAAGGAGAUGCAUGGGUUCUUUCUUUCACAGAUGCAGAAAACAAACUCUUGCAGGGAGGAUGCCGUCGAAAGACUCUGAGUAUCCUCAAAACUUUGCGAGACAAACACCUCGAUCUCGCUGGUCAACCCGUCAAAAACUACCACUUGAAGUCACUGCUCCUUUACGAAUGUGAGAAACAUCCUCGUGAGAUAGACUGGGACGAAACUUGUCUUGGAGACCGCAUCAACGGGAUCCUUUUGCAGCUGAUAUCGUGUCUGCAGAAUAGGAGAUGCCCCCACUAUUUCUUGCACGGACUCGAUUUGUUUCAUGGGAAACCUCAUGCUGCUCUCGAUCAGGCUGCUAAACAAGCAUGGAGAAUAACGCGUGAGAUUCUUACUAAUCCAAAAAGCUUAGAAAAACUAUGACAAUGUGAACUUUAAUCCAGAGGACUUAUAACUAAGGUGUGAACAUCGCCAAGAAAAAAAUUAUUUCAACAAUGUAUCAGUAUUCCAAUUUGAACCUUGUGGCACAAAGUAAAAAUACGUGUUGUUAUGAUGAGGUUUGUUGCAAACGCAAAAUAAAAUUCAUGCAUUAGGAGACAUCUAUGGAUCCAUGGCUUGUGCACCUGCAUAAAAAGUAAAGUGUGACAGUUUACAUUGUUUAGGAAGCGUAAAUUGGGUGAAGAUCACGCCGGUGCGAACCCGUGGCUUCUCCGUUGUGUCGCUGUUAAAUGUUUCUCACCUACCUAGCUAUCUCUCACUGCCACAACGAUUCGGUUUCACCCAAGAAUGAAUUUGGCAGUUGGAUUUGUGGUGAGAUUAACGUAUUAAGCCAUGCUCAUAAUCGAUUUUUGUGAGUGACCGCAGCUAAUAGAAAGUAUGAACCAUGAUUUAUUGUAUUACAAUUAAAUAUGAAAGCAUGAAUAUGUAUGGAAUAAAAAUAAUUUUAAAACGCUGUAAAUUGAAAAGGAGAGGUACUUUGCUGUUCAAUGUUUAAGAAGACUGCCUUCUAAAGUUACAAUGUUAAAACGGAUUCCUUUAAAAAAGACAUGAAUUUGAAAUCGUUUGACAACUUGCAGUAUUUUCGUUUUUAUUUUCUGUGCCAAAUGGCAAACAUUUUUCCUUUUUUGAUUUUGUUUUUUAUAUUGAAAUUCCAAAUUAAAUUCCAUUGCGCAAAAUAAAUGGGAUUCAAAUUGUUUUAAACAAACUCCAAUCUUUUAGUCUACAAAGUAUAAUUUAAAGCAAAUAGUAUACAUUUAUAGAUAAUUUUUUUCUUAUAGGAUUUAUCCAUACAGAUAGAUUCCCAUCAUUUGACUGUGACACUGUCUACGCAAAUUCUAUUCAUUUCCUGUCUAUAUUUCAAGAUUAUAUUGCUUUACUUUUUAAGUCAUUCAUAGCCUUAAAUAACAUCGGGAGUUUUAUUAAUGGUAUCAAAGAGACAACAAAAAUGUGUGUAUUUUUAAACGUGAUGUUGAAAAGGAUGUACGUUGCAAAUUCAUUUAAAACAAUACAUGUAUUUCAUUUCACAGCCAUACAUCCAAAUCGCUAUUGGGUUACCCAAAUAAUUUAUAUAGUUUAACAAAAAUAAAAUAGAGUAAGUUUUAAUAUUUCCACAGAAUUUUUAUGGUGUUUUGAUGUACAUGUAUUUCCCAUUAAUGUCGAAGUGAGUAAAUCGCAUGUGUCCGCAGUGAGUUCAUAUCAUGGUUAUUUGUUAACAUUGCGUCCAGUCUUUCCAUAACAUCAACAUGCAAUUUUCAAUUAUUUGCAUUGUUAUUUACUUACUUGUUAAAUUCAGUGCGGCAACAGCUUACUCUCUGUUCAAAUUAUUCUGUUCGGCCUUGGUCUUUGACAUCAUAAUAGAACAAAAUUGAAAUUAAGCCAGAUUUUCUUUCGUUCGAAAUCUAUAAGAUCGUGAUUUUAUUUCAUGUGCAAGAUAUCGUGAUUUUAUUUGAUGUUGUCUUUUGAAGAGCUAUUAUAACAUGCCAAUGCGGUAUGGUCUAUAUAACAUAAA